GUUCCUGUUUCUGUUUUUAUUUCAAAAGGCAAACGUUGCCUAUAUUCCAAACCCUUUCAUCGACUUGUAUAUUUCGGCCUUUUCGGUCUUUCUCUGUUAUUCCUGCGACACUUAAGACCUCCCUAGUCGGAUUUAUUGUUAUCUUCACCGUUGCGACAACCCCACCUUAUUACGAUCACUCGGCUUGCAACUUGUCGCAUAAUCGACAACCCCCCCUUCAUUCGACCUCGCGAGUCCCGACACGACACGAACGCCACACUUUCCUGUUACCAAGAAACUGCUUAUUGAUCCUAUCAUUGCCACCAGACCAGACAAUCAAAUAUGGGAAAAUCUCAAUCGAAGCUUUCACAGGAGCAACUAGCCGAACUCCAGAAAUCCACGCACUUCGACAAGAAGGAAUUGCAGCAAUGGUACAAGGGCUUCCUAAAGGAUUGCCCAUCCGGCAUGCUCACAAAAGAAGAGUUCCAAAAGAUUUACCGGCAAUUCUUUCCAUUCGGUGACCCGUCCUCGUUUGCAGAUUAUGUUUUCAAUGUCUUCGAUUCCGACAAAUCCGGCUCAAUCGAUUUCAAAGAAUUCAUCUGUGCCCUAAGUGUCACGAGCCGGGGUAAAAUGGAGGACAAACUCGACUGGGCAUUUCAAUUAUAUGACAUCGACGGUGAUGGCAAGAUAAGCUAUGACGAGAUGUUGAAAAUCGUGGAAGCGAUCUACAAGAUGGUCGGUUCGAUGGUGAAGCUCCCCGAAGACGAAGAUACCCCGGAGAAGCGCGUCAGAAAGAUCUUCCGCAUGAUGGAUAAAGAUGAAAACGGUAGUCUAGACAUGGAAGAAUUCAAGGAGGGUAGCAAACGUGACGAGACCAUUGUCUCCGCCUUAUCCCUAUAUGACGGGCUAGUGUAAUCCCUAUUGUCUAAUCGGGAGAGAGUGGACAGAAACGAAGUGCUCCAGAGCAAAGAACUUUUAAGGAAAGGGCCGGGCAAGGAGUAUGGGCCGAAAACAGAAAGAAAAAAUGGCGACGGCGCCGCAUUGAGAGUUCCGGGUUCCGGGUUUGGAAGAUUAUUGCCAAUGUGUUAUUUUUCCCCUUUCCUCUAUCUCCUACAACGGGCUUCUAUUCACCAAUAGAGAGGAUAAACGCGGUUCAUCGACUACAAUAUCGCAUCUUUGAAACCGGGACCUGGGCUUAGCUACUUAUAUGUAUUCGCUCUCCCGGUCGCUUCGGUAUGUUCCAGGUGGCCGUGAAUGAGGCGCAGCAGGUAGCGUCUAGAUAGGCGAUCUCUAUAUAAGAUUAGACGUCAGUGCCACUUACCAUAUUAGAUAGUGAUCAUGAUGAUACCUCGUAUCGAUCCUUGUGUCUGCUUGAGUCUAGUCUGUUUCAAGAGCGGCUGUGUCUCGACGGUUAAGUCGGCUUCACGCAUCUAGACGUCGUCAACUACCGG